CAUUAGCCGUUUCACGUCAAUUUCGAUAUCUUUAUCAGGCCAUCAACAGACUGUAGCCUGAUAAUGUUUCGAAACACAUAUCAGCGGGGUUUUUUAACAGUUUUCAGUAGCAGCGGAAGUAAGCCACUUGAAAUAUGGGACAUUGUCACCAAGAAUGGCCACGCCAAACGGGUUACAGAUGAAGAGCUCAAGCUGAUGUCAUUUGAGCUAAUGGGCGCCAACGUUGCCACCACCUUUAUGGUUGCUCCAAAAUGUCCCUGUCCAUCUCUUGGCGUGAAGCUACCAUUCCUUGUUUUACUGGUGAAGAAUCUCAAAAAGUUCUUCUCCUUCGAAAUACAGAUACUGGACGACCGUAACUUGCUGCGACGUUUUCGCGCGUCAAACUACCAGAGUGCGACACGUGUAGAUAACUUCUGUACGGUCAUGCCUCUGGCUCUCACUCCCGGAUGGAAUCAAAUUCAGUUUAAUCUGGCUGACUUUACGCGUCGUGCGUAUGGCACCAACUACAUCGAAACCGUUCGAAUACAGAUCCAUGCAAAUGUGCGCAUAAAGCGGGUCUACUUCUGCGAUCGACUCUAUCCGGACGAUGAACUGCCACCGCAACUACGCUUGCACCCUCCACUGAGGCCAUCUAAAAUCACAGGGUAUAGCAAAACUAGAGGCAAGAAGCCGGCUGAAGCCAUUGAAACGGUUCGUCCAGGCACUCCGGUUACGGAAACAGAUGCAGCACCAGGUGUCAGUGAAACAAUUACUAGGAGAAGUACCAUGCGAUCAAAUGUCGUGGAUAUUGUGGAAACUCCUGCAGAGGUGAUCAAUUUGGAAAGCAACGAAGUACCGCAUGAAGCAGAUGCUUCGAUGUUGCCUGAAGAUCAAGAAGGUGAAGUACCUGAAAUUGCACCGGUGACUUCAGCUCAAGAGAUCGCAGUUCAAUUUUAAGUUAGUCAUUUAGAUGGCUAUUUGCCACAUUUAUUAGAUUCCGAACAAAAUUGCCCGUUGGAAAAGCAUA